UGAAGAUGAAGAACAUGAUCUAGCUGCAGCUUGCUGGUUUGGAAGUUGGCGAGCAGUGGUUCUUCUGUAAUCUGGUAACCAAAUGCGUGCGCGCGCGCUCUGCGCGCUUGCGAUAUUGCUUAGCAAACGCAGCGCGAAGGCAGUUGCCGUUACCAUAUAGGGCAACCGCCGGGAGGCGUGAAGGUCAGGGAAAUGGCCAGAAAUGAAGCGGGAGAAGGGAAAAAAAGCGGAGCAGAUGGGAAAAUGGCCAGGAGGUCAAAAAUGUCGCAAAAACGGCAGAAACCAAGCGGGAGAAGGUGAAAAAAGAGCAUUUUUGCGGUUUGGCCCACUUGAUAUCUGAAAAAGAGACGGACUGCUAUUUGCUCCGCCCGCUGGCCAGCUGCGUUGGAGAAGCAGGCCCGCGACCUGUUCGGAAGCCUUGGGCCGCUUCGUAACUGGAAAAAGUUGGAAAAAAAUGGCAAAAAGUUGCUUCAUAACGUGGGCGGAAGCAAUCGUCGGAUUUUGUGCAGAUCACCCGGGCCACUUGGAAAAUGAAAAAAGAUGAGAAAUUGCGCAAAAGCGCAAUCCCUCCGCAGGCUUCAAAACUGCCAGUUAGAUGCGGGCGGUGAAAAUGUGCAGAGCCCUUCGGCCACCUAAAAGCUUGAAAAAUAAGGAAGAAUUAGCAAAAGUCGAGAACCCUCGGCAGGCUUAGAAACUGGCCACCAAGGGCGGUCCGGCGGGCGCGCGCCUGCGCCGUACCAUCGCGAUUGGGAAAAGAAAACCGCACUAGAAGCGGGCGGGGGUAUGUCACAAAGUCCGCACUUGCCCUGGGUUGUGGGCAGAAAUUCGGCAUCUUCCCCGGGUCUGAAAUGGCCGACUUUGGUGGCCCAGCCCGGGUUCUUUGCUUUGCGGUUUUUCACAUACCUUCCUGGCGAGGGGGCCAGUUUGUCAUGCAGGGGGCUAGAAAGGAUGCCCCGCGGCGAAGGUGGAUGGGGGGGGGUCCGGGGGGGGCUCGCCCCCCCGGGCACAUACCUUCCUGGCCAGGGGGCCAGUUUGUCAUGCAGGGGGCUGGAAAGGAUGCCCCGCUGCGAAAUAGCAGACCGAAUUUCGCCUGCAAUGCUUAUCGCAGGAGCCUGCGGGCCGCCGCGGGCGACAGUAGUUGUCCGCGGCCCUUUAGGGCCGCGACCGCAUGUCGCGGCCCGCGAAUCAAGGAGAACGGGGCCGCGACCGCAAACUGCGGCCCGCGGUUCAAGAAGAAGAAGUGGGAUUCUAAUUAAAAAAAAGAAAUGGUGGUGGCAGCCGCGCGGCUGGUUUGGCUUUCGCGCUGGUUAGAUUUUCGCGCACGCAUUUGGUUACCAAUAUCGCCCUCCGGGCGCGAUCUUCAUAUCGUCCAACUGAACAAGAAGAAGUUCUGACACAUCAACUGCUUCUCUAUCUCUUUCCAUUUCUCAAAAUAAACCCAAAAUCCUACCUCCUGCCCCAAAUAAAAAUGGACGUUGAAGAGCUCUCCACGGAAAUUCUCUGUUGCGAUGAGACGCAACUCCAAAACGCAGAUUUACCCCAGCUGCGGUCCUGGUGCCGGUCCGACUUGCGAAUCGAGAAAGUGCUUGUGUAUUACGGUUUGGAAUUGCAAAACAAUAACAUGUAUGCAUUGCAAAAGUAUCGUACUCGUAGCAAUUAUCGCAGUCAUGCAUUACAUGCUGAGGAAAUCUGUAAUGCAAGCGUUCCAUCUAUCAUGCUGAGGAAAUCUGUAAUGCAAGAAUUCAUACUAGUACGAUGCUUUUGCAAUUCAUAACGAGUCAUUCUCCGGCUUUGAGCAAGCUUGGGUUGGGAUGCUGGAAGACUUGAUCCGGGCCAACAAAGGGAAAAAAGGCCUGGAUGAGAUGACGGAGCUCGGGGUGCUGUAUACCCAGUUUCGGGAGAAAAUUGAUGCUUGUGCUUCUAAGGGGGCCACAACUUCAUCUCCGGUCAAUUAUCUCAAUACGCCCGGCAAUCCGGCCACGAUAGGUGGAGGUGCACCUGGUUCUUCUAACUCUGUUGACCUACUGUCUCUCUUCGACAGCCCAACUCCCCCAGUCCUAUCAAAUGUAAAAAUGUCUGGGUCUGGAAAAGUGUAGACUUGUCAUGUAGAUUUUCCAUGACCCAUGAGGUCUGGAAUGCGGGACUUAGCAUGACAGACAUUCUGUGAGAUCCCUAUCAUGCCUCUCCUGGUAUGAGAAACUCCCCUCCAACUACUAACUUGGUCAAAAGUGUACAGCUCUUGGCACUCAUGCAACACAGAUUUUCGCAUGCUUCAGAUUUUUUACCAUGACAAGUUGGAAUCUUCCAGACCCAGAGGACACUUGUGCAAUUCAUAAGUCUCGAGUGCGGGGAAUUCUACAGCGGGGGCUGCAGGAGCUGUAGUGUCGAAUGAGCCAACUAAUGCGCAAAACCAAUCUUUUUCAAGCGCCGGAACCAGCACUACAUCUACCGAAGAGAACCGCCGGGCGAGUAUUGACUUGUUGAAUUUGCUGGCUGCGGGUGCUGGUGCUGACGAAGGUGCAGCAACUUCCAGCACUACAACGACAGGAGGUACCUCUACUUCGCCACCUCCACACCAAGCUACAAGUACAACUACUCCUGCAGCGGGUAGUCGUAAUAAAGAUCUUCUCGAAGCCGAAAGUCCGACGGCACUGUUACUCGAUUCGCUGUUGGACCAAACUUCUGUCACGUCAGGGUUCGCGGCAGUGGUAGGGGCUGCAGUGCCGGUGCCGUCAACAGCGCAGAGGCAAACAGAACCGUUGACUAGUACAGCUGCGCCACCGGCUGUAGCCACCGGCGGUGCUGUCGGUCUUCAAGCCGACCUUUUUUCGGCUGCCACAGGAGGUACAGCAUCCGAAAUGAAAGAGCAAGCAGGAGACACCACAUCGUCCACAGCCGACACCAACGUAAACGUUCCUCAAUCGUACGCGGAGUGGCGGGCGCGGUCGGAGAUGAUUAUUGAGGAGAAGAAGCUGAAAGAACAGGAGGAGGAGCAGCAAAAGACGAUCAAGAACAAGAUGCUGAAACAAUUUGAAACCAUGAACACCAACGUCUCCUUCGUCGGAAAUUUUUUGAAGCAAACGGGCACGAACGUGAUAACUACAGUUUCCACGACGGUUGCGGCGAGGAGUGGUGGUGGUAACGAUGAUGUUAUAGUUGGCAGUACUACAGCAAUUGCCACUACAACAGGUACAACUAGUACCGGAGGAGUUGGAGUAGCAGCCGCAACUUCUGGUGUUGCGACUACAGUGCUUGAUUUUGUAAACGGAGAGAAAACUACAGGUUCCACCACUGUGCCAGCCCCAGCACCUCCACCGCCAAGUAUGCAGAACAUUGGGAGAAUUCAGCUCCUGCCCAUCGAUGUGAACGUGCCAAUUAAUGAGCGGCUUCCUUCUAUCGCUCCCGCUUUGAAAAAAUGUCGGGAAGAGCAACAGGUGGUGAGAUUCGGUCACAGGUUUAUUUCAACUACCCUUUUCCCGACUGGAGAAAGGUCUAUUGCGGAAGAUGAAGCAACACAAGAAAAUAACGUGAUCGAGUACGUGUGCGUCAAUAUGGAAAGCAGCGGUGGGACUUCAACUUCCACACAACAACAGAAUUCUUCUGACAAAGCCCACCAGUUCAGUACUAAAUCUGUCAUGCGCGAGCGUCUGGACCAGGGGUAUCUCACGUCCGAAACAGAAUUUUUCAUCGCGGGCGACCCUCUGCCGGCGGAGAUCUUCGACCCGUUGACCGGGGAAUUGACCAGGAUUGCGUUGCGGAAGCACCUAGCAAAUGUAAAAGUGUGUGGGUCUGGAAGAUUGGAACUUGUCAUGCUAAAUCUGCAGCAUGCAAAAUUUGUGUUGCAUGAUUUCCAAAAGUCGUCCAGUUUUGACCAAGUCGGGAGGGAGUUUCUCAUGCAGGAUAGGCAUGAGAAAUGUUCCGCAGAAUCUUUCAUGCUAGGUCCUGCAUUCCAGACCUCAUGGGUCAUGGAAAAGCAGCAUGACAAGUCGCGCACUCUUCCAGACCCAGACACUUUUGCAUUUGAUAACACCAGCAGAAAGUGCUGAGUGAAAGUUUGCUGACGAGUUCUCCUGGGUUGACAGGACCUGGAGGUUCUGGUGGUUCUGGAUCUACAUCUACAUCUUCACCUAAAAGUGGCAGCACAGGUUCCUCGGGUGGUCUCUUCAGCCAAAUGUUGUCACCGCACAAGCCUCCUCCGCCCGCAGCUGCCAGCAGCACCACAGCGAGUUCGGAGGGCGAGGAGAAAAUGGCCGGUGCAGCGAAACUCAAAGUCACCGAUGUUUACGAGUCUGUCGGCGGUUUUCUUGCCGGCGUGGCGAAUACUAUUGCGACUACCACUGCAGGAGCAGGCACUGCUAGUGGAGUCCAGAACAACCUCGUCCCGGGUGGCAUCGGUCCUGGUCCGGGUAGCAAGACCACGAGCAAGGAAGCAGCUGGUGUUGCCCCUGGGUCUAGUGGCGGCGCUCCGGUAGUUGACGCUGCAGUGUCCGCGGAACAGAAAAGUGGAAGUGCUGGUAAUAUCGUCGAAGCUCUACUAAACGGGAACGCGACCACUACAACAUCGCCGAAGAGCACGGAUGCAGCAGUAAUACCGUCAAAAGGGAGUACUCCACCACCCCCUCCCCCCGCGGCCCCCGCGCUGAAUGUGUCUGACUUGAAGUUCGAGCCGGCUUCGCGAAUUGUGAAUGUGUCUCUCGACAGUCUUUUGGAGGACAGUACCGGCGCGCAGGGCAGCAAAACAGCUGCAACUGGUGGAGCUACUGCAGCUGCUCAAGGAGAUAAUGCUAAUGCAGAAAUCUCCACAGCAGCCUCCGCCACCGCUGCUGCAGUUUCUUCCGCGAAAAUUUCUUCCUUUUACGAAAGGAUUUUCAAAAAGACGAACGGAAACAAGAGCCCCACGGGAGCAGGUGGUGCUGGUGGUACUGAUGGCGGAUCGAAAGACCAAACCGAUGGAACCGUGUCUGACGAGCAGCAGAAAAAGCAGCAAUACGAAACCAGCUACAACUCAACUCCGACGUCGGCCAACGCGACUGCGAAUGCAGGCACCUCAAACCGCAUUUUCGACCUUGUGUCAUCGACAAUUUCUUCGUCCACUGCUGGUAAUAAGCCGAAGGGAAAGAUGUUGCAAAGGAAGGCUUAUUCGCCGCCGACGGAGGAAGAAGACAGGAAGAUGCUGUUGCGGUUGAUUUCGUUCUGACGAAUGCAAAUUUUGAAGUUACAAUGACUGCGAUGGUGCCGGGCAGACGCUAUUGUCACCGAGCUUUCAGGACCAACGAUUAGGGCUAAGUAGGACAGCCAAAAUGUAAGGAGAAAAAACUUUGGGAAGCAAUGAGCAGGAGAGAC